AUGGUACACAUUUUGAAUGAGUACAACAUGUCUUCAUGGCUGGGAUGAUCAACCCAGAGUGGAUUGACCAGGUGGGCUCAAUGUGCGGUGGUUGCUGCCUUGAAACAGCAUUAGCGGCCAGAGUUUCAGAGCAGAGAAGCCCAAACAGAUAGAACCCACGCGCAAUUGCCGUACAAUGUGGCGACGCCCUGCGUUUCUGGAAGGUCUUACAACAUUGUACGUUCCUGCCCGCUGAGACUAAAAGUGCGGAAGCGUUCGCUUAGAAACAGUCUCCGGGAAGAGCGCAGACUACGGAGAAGGAGUUCCUUCCCUACGCAACUGAAGCAGGUGAAGUUGUAUGGGAAAUGAAAGAUGCCGAGACAAACAGUUGCUCUUACUGUGGCCUCCCUGUUAGGAAUCGCAGCAGGAGGUCUGGUUUUCUGGAAAGUCAUCCGGCGUCGGAAAGACCAAACUUGCAUUACACUUAACCUAGGAAGAGCAAUUAAAGAAGGAGAAAAGGAAGACCUCUUGGAAGAGAAUUUUCUUUCACUCCUCUCCUCUCCCACAACCCCCUGGGUGGAGAAGAUUCUUGGGGCGGAAGUGGUGAUAGUUUCUGAGGAAGAGAAAUGGAAUGAAAUGGAACCCUUACUUAAGAAAGAGUUGAAACGUUGUCCAGUCCUUGGAAUUGACUGUGAGUGGGUCUCGGUAGAAGGGAAGAAGGCCAAGCCUGUCUCUCUCUUGCAGAUGGCUGUUUCCAGUGGUCUUUGUGUUCUUCUUCGCUUGCCCCAGCUGACCAGUGGUGGACAGGUUCUUCCACAGACUUUGCUGGACGUUCUGGCAGAUGGUGGUAUCCUAAAAGUUGGUGUAGGAUGUUGGGAAGAUGCCUGCAAGCUACUUCAUGACUAUAGUGUGGCAGUGAAAGGGAGCAUGGACCUCCGGUAUCUGGCCAUGAGACAGAGUAAGGCCCUUCCCCAAAAUGGGCUUAGCCUCAAAUCCCUUGCUGAGAGGAUCCUCAACUACCCUCUUGACAAGUCUCAUCAUCUGUGCUGCAGCAACUGGGAAGUAGAAGAACUGUCUCCAGAACAGGUUGCUUAUGCUGCCAGGGAUGCCCAGGUGUCAGUAGCUCUGUUCCUCCGUCUGCUGAGAUUGCCCUUCUUCCCUCAUGCAGCAGACAGUGAAUAUGCUCUUCCUGGUUGGGAAAAGGUCCUGAAGACAUGUCAGGGUUUGGUGGAUGUACCUUUCAAAGGAAGAAACAGUAGUAGCUUUGGAGAGGAUGAAAAUACAGGAAAUUCAGUGAAAAAAAUAAACAAUCAGGAACCAGUAACUAAUGGACAAUUCCCUGUCAACCAACAAAUAAAGGAUCCUCGAAAACACAAGCGAAAGCCGCUGGGCAUAGGAUAUUCCGUGAGGAAAUCUCCCUUGUAUGACAACUGCUUCUUACAUGCACCAGAUGGGCAGCCUCUAUGCACUUGUGAUCGCAAGAAGGCUCAGUGGUACCUUGACAAGGGCAUUGGAGAGUUGGUGAGCACGGACCCAUUUAUUGUGAAGUUGCAGUUUGAACCUUCUGGGCGCCCCGAAUCUAAGGUGGAUUAUUACUUGACAGUCAAAGAGAACUUGUGUGUUGUUUGUGGCAAAAGAGAGUCUUAUAUUCGGAAGAACAUAGUUCCCCACGAGUACCGGAGACACUUCCCCAUCCAGAUGAAGGACCACAACUCACAUGACGUGCUUCUUCUUUGCACCUCCUGUCAUGCUAUCUCCAAUUACUAUGACAACCAUCUCAAGCAGCUGCUGGCUGAGGAGUUUGGCGCCCCCAUUGGCUGUGAGGAGAGUGUUCGUCUGCUGGAGGAUCCCAUCCGCAGGCAAGUCCGUUCAGCUGCAAGAGCUCUCUUGAAUGCAGACAGCCUGCCUGAUGCCAGGAAAGAGGAGUUGUUACAGGUCAUCAAGGACUUCUUUGACUCUGCGACAGUUUCCCUGGAGAUGCUGCAGGAAGCAGCUGGACUGGAAACCAGGAUUUGUAAUGAGAGCUAUGUGCCGCAUGGCCUAAAAGUGGUCCAGUAUUUUGCCAAUGGGGGCCUGCGCUCCCUCAUGCAGCUGGAGAGUCGUUGGCGCCAGCACUUCUUGGAUGUUAUGCAUCCCAAGCAUCUCCCAAAGCAGUGGUCUGUUGAUCACAAUCAUGAGAAGCUAAUCCGGAAAUAUGGGGAGGAUCUCCAAGUCGAACUCUCUUGAAGAUUUCUGCUGAAAUGUGAAGAACUGAAUUUAAGAUUGGAAAAAUGAGAAUAUGAGAGAACUGAAGUAAACAGAUCUGUCUAUCCCUUCUUCAGACACAUGGAAGAGGCAGAGGUAAUUGUUACUUCAACAUGUAAAACAUAUUUAUAACUUAAGCAAUAAACAUCUUAUUGACCAACAAUUCCUGUAACCUCUGAAUGAUAGCUAACAGUCCAUCCUGAGAAGAUAAAUGACCGAAAAGCCUUUCUACUUGUUUUCCCUCUCCUUACAUUUACUCUGUUUUUCUGGCUUGGAAUGCUUUUGUCCACCACAUUUAGGUCCUCAACAACAUUCUAAAAGGCCUCAUGGGCUGGGCAUUACUGAGAGAACGGGGGUACAGAAUGACUUUUUGCUAUCAUCUUGCACAGAGGAGAAUCAUGAGAAUUUUUCUUAGUUGAAAAUAGAGUGUUUUCUGGUUGCCACCACUAGUUCCCUGGAGUGAGCUCAAAAGAGCUAAAAAUAAGAUGUAUUUUCACUGGUUUAGUCCAGCAUGUUGACUGAUAGUUUGCUGACAACAUGAUUUUAACACACCUGAUAUUUGAGGGUUGCCAGUCUUGAACUGGUUCUCAAACAGAUCAGAUUCUGCUCUGAAGAGGCUUUCCUGUCACCUCCUUCAUGCUGUGUUUGGUACCAGCUUUUAAAGACUGCCUCUUAAUCCGCUGAAUUUUAGAUCUGCUCUGUACUUUUUACUGAUGCUGUGCAUCUUAUAAUGUUUUACUGGCUCCUGCUGAUAUUUUUAUUCUGCUGUUUUAUUGAUAUUGGAUUUUAAUGUUUUAUUGUUGUAAGCUGCCCAGCGAACACUGUUAUUGGGCAGCAUGCAAAUAUUGUAAAUAAAUUAAAACAAGCUGCCUUGCAAUGGGGUGGGCAAGAAUGGCUAUCUGAAUCUUCACUUAACUAACCUCACAGGGUACUGUGAGAUCUAACUGUUAUUUAUAUAUUCUAGGGAAUGUAAUUGUUUUUAAAAAUGUGCUAUUGCCUGUUUGUGCUUACCAUUAACAUUUGAUAGGAGUGUCAACAUUUUUGUGCAUUUUAACAUUUUAAAGUAAAUCUUCACUUCAAAAAUGAUGCAUCAGCUGCUUUGUUUUCUCUCUUUUGGGUUGGAGCUUUUGAGCUGUGUGAAUGGAAACUCUGUCCGUGCAUGGCGAGGUCACAGAUAUUUCCACAGCUCCAUAUGACAUCACAUACCCCUCCAGCGGGUCCCCUGGGCCUUUUAGAGUGAUUUCUCAGGGCCACAAAUAGGAAUGGACAAAUCAGUCUAUUUAGGGCCCAUGUCAGUUUCACAUCUGUUGACUUAUAAAUAUCUUUUGUCUCCAUUCUACGCUUAAUUUGCUUCUUUAAAUAAAAAAAAAUUGCAUGAAAAUCACUUAAAUACAUAUUGUGAACAUUUCUUCUUAAAAUACACACUUCAAAAUUUAUUUUCUAAGUGCAUUUUUAGACACAUUCUUACACUUUUUUUAAAGCUGAGAACUGUGUUGCAGCAUUUGGAGAAGUGCAAAAUCAGAUAGCCAUGUUCCACUUGGUACGUUAGGUAUGGGAAGUGUGAAUCAGCUCAGCGCAUAGAAUUUGCAAAACUUGAAUUUCUCAAGUAGCCCUGGCCACAAAGAACAGCAGCUAGGGAAAGGGAAGAAAAUCAGUAAAUCUUUCCUCCUGUGUAUGGGCAGAAAUACAAAUGCUUGUGUUAACCAGUUUCAAGCACAUGAGUAUUACCCAUUUCUAACUGAUCUGUUUUUGCUAUUCCUGAUAGAAACUCAGACUGCUGCCUUCAAAACUUCUCCCCUUUCCAACUGUUCAAAUUCAUUAGAUGAAUGAGUCUUGUGUUUUGAGCAACAGUGAAUGAUCUUAUCAAGAUCAUGAAACAGAAUUUCUAUCAUAACCCCUGAGAGAUGUUGAAGGAGGUAUAUCUCCAUUCCGUUCGAACAUCCUCCCCCAUCCUUCCCUGAGUCUUGCUUCCUCUGCAGAGUAGAACAGUCUUCUGCUUGAUCCCAGUGCUGAAAAGAAACUAAUGUCAGUGAGUCACUAGAUGGCACCCAAGAAGUCAGAAUGUUGCAAAGAAAGGAACGACUAGAAAGGGAAAAGAAUAGGGAGAACUAUCCCUUGACCUUGUAUGGGUGCUGCAGUUGUUUCUCUUGCAUGAAUUGGAAAGAGUGUUUUCCUGCUUCCAGAGGAGUGUGCCUGGAUCCUGAAGAACAAGAAUGGGGGGCAGGAGCUCUCCAGAGUUUUUUAGACUCUUAACUCCCAUCUGCUCCUGCCAGCAUGGCCAAUGGUCAGGAGAGAUGGAAGUUGUGGUCCGACAGCAUCUGGAGGGCCACAGGUUCUUCACUCCUGGUCUUUGAGCCUUAUUUUCAAGGUUUGCUUCCUUUUACUUUCAACUGAACACAGUGAGUGAAGCUUGCUGAAGGGCUACAGCAAACCCCCCAGCCCCUCAGUGUCUUUCAUGCUGUUUCUGUUUUGAUUGAGACACCCUAGAGACCGUUCUCUACUCUUCCCGCUUCUAAAUUGUUUUACCCCCCCUUUCUGAUGUCUAUGCAUCACUCAGACUAACUUACAUAAAUGAAAAUUGCAACCUUACCAUCAAACCACAGCACCAAUAAAAUGCAAUAGAAGCAGGCAUGAUGGAUAAAAACAUUUCUUCAAAUAAAAAAAAAUUAGUGACCCUGAAAGGCGAAAGCCUGUCAGAAUAGAAAGGUCAUCACUAGCCAGCAGAAAACAGCAAGAAAGAAGUCUAACCUAACCUUAUGGGAUAAGAUACUCCACAAUUUGGAUGCUGCCACCGUGAAGGUGCUCCCUUUGCCUAGUCACUGCCAAUCACACUUCCACUCCAGGAAGUGUAGUGAUGGACCUCUCUGCCCAGUAGUGCAGUGGCAAAUUCAGAAGUGCAGGGCCCCUUCAUAAUAGUCACAGCCACCCCCCUCCAAAGAUUACACUACCUUCUAAGAUUAUGGAAUAAUCUGACUGGUUUCUGCUUCUGUGUCACUGUCGCCAUUUGACUGUCCUUUACCACUAUCUGAGAUAUUGCUUGAAUUAUUGAAUUUAGCAUUUAUGGGUUUAUCUAUCUGCUGCUCAAGUCUUCUCAGUGGCUAACUUGCCUCCUCUCACUCUGAUUGGCUCCAAUUAGCAGGAAAGGACAAGGAAGCAAGUUAGAAGACUCUUCUCAGUGGCUAACACACUCCCCUUUUGUGCUGACCGGCUCACAGGAUGCUGGAAACAUAGGGACCCUAUUUCCAAAAAGUAAGACCCAUUGAGACCCUGAGACAUCCCUGUCUCUGCCAGAUUUUGGGCAGCAGGAAGGCUGAGGUAGGAGGAGACAGUCCUGAAGUAGGCUCUAGUCCACAACAAUUUGUGCUAUAAUUGUUAGUCUUGAAAGUGCCACAAGAUUCUUUUUAUAAUAUCCAGUAAUGCUGAAUUAAUGCCCAAACAAAACAGAUAAAAUUCUAUUCACUUAUUUAGCUUUUUUCAAUGGAGUGGGGGAUAAUAAUAAUGAUAAUAUUACCCCUCCCUUUUUCCAAUAGGACUCAGAGCGGCUUACAACUAAAAACAACACCAUUAAAACAUACAGAGUAUACUAUUA